GGCAUAAGAGAGAGAGAGAGAGAGAGAGAGAGAGGGGGGAGGGGAGGAGAGAAACGAAGAAGCCAUAACUAGGCGACCAAGACUCUGACUGUAAGCGACCCGGUUUCAAAACCUCACGUAUAUACAAAACUUUUCCUAUAUACUUACGUACAUGCUUAAAGAUUACUGCUUGUUUGCUUGUUUGCCAAUUUCUUUCUCACGCCUCCUCUCUGAUUCCUUCAUCUCUCUCGCUACUGGAUCGAAACUGACGAACUCAACCUGAACCCAUUGAUACCCUUUAUCUCCCUACCUUCUACCUAGGUUUGAUUGUGGUUUCAGAUUAGAAUUCACGGUUGCAAAAUCUAGCUGACGGGUCUCGAUGACAUCGACUUCUCCGACGAAGAUUUGUUUCAAUUCGAGCUGCAAGGAACCUUUGUCGCAGUCGAGGAGAGGCUGGCGCCGUCGAACAGGAGAGUUUGCGGAACUAUGUCAACGAUGCAAUUGUGCUUACGAGGAAGGAAAAUUCUGUGAGACAUUCCAUUUAAGUGAUUCAGGCUGGAGGUCUUGCGAGUCUUGUGGGAAGAAAAUACAUUGUGGAUGCAUAGUGUCCUUCCAUUUGUUCGUUCUCUUGGAUGCUGGAGGAAUUGAGUGCAUGUUAUGCGCAAGGAAAAGUUUUGUUUUGACACCUAAUCCUGCAUGGCCACCACCCUCUUCUCUCUUCCUUCCUGUACAAUCUGAGAGAAAUAAAGACAUCUCCAUUAAGAAUCAGUUAGCUGGAUCAAGUACACUGCCAUGGAGUCAAGCACCCAAUUUAUUCAGCUACACUACACAAUCUGGAACACAUCAACCAGUAAUUUCGGAAGUUGAUGCACAAACUAGCAUAGCCAGAUCACAUAUUACAAAUGAGCUACUUACUGCUGCUUCUUUAGACAAGAGACCGACUGAUAAGCUAUCGAAUGGAAGUCUGAAGUUUUUUGCAGGUGAUAUGUAUGAAAAGGGGAAAAUUGGGGCCAGUACGGGAGAGCAACACUGUUCAAACAUAAAUGUCUUUCAGAAGUUGUCUUUGAUAAAUAGUGAGAAAUCUGCCUUUAAAUUUGGUUCAUCUGCCUCAAAAAAUGAAUCAAAUGGCCAAACAAAGAUUUCCCAAAAUCAUUUACCACAAACAAAGGCUCUGGUAAAAAAAGAAUUUGGACAUUGUGGAGUUGACCACCCUUCUGGUGAAACUCAGGGACGAGAUGGAAGGGCAAGAGCAGAUGCUCGUUCAAAGAAUCAACUACUUUCGCGAUAUUUGCCCAGGAUAACUGAUCAAGAGUUGCAGCAAAUCUCUGGAGAUCCGAACGCUGUGAUUACUCCUUUGUUCGAGAAAAUGUUAAGUGCUAGUGAUGCUGGACGAAUUGGAAGGUUGGUUCUGCCUAAAAGGUGUGCUGAGGCCUACUUUCCACCAAUUUCUCAGCCAGAAGGCUUGCCAAUCAAAGUCCAAGACGUGAAAGGGAAUGAUUGGGUAUUUCAGUAUCGAUUUUGGCCGAAUAAUAACAGCAGAAUGUAUGUUCUAGAAGGUGUUACUCCCUGUAUACAGUCAAUGCAAUUGCAAGCUGGUGAUAUAGUUACUUUCAGUCAGAUAGAGCCCGAAGGGAAAUUAGUUAUGGGCUUCAGAAAGGCUUCAACUGCCCCUUCAUCUGAUGAUGGUACUAGUGGAGUUUUCGCUAAUCAGGAUUCUAAAAAAUCUAAGACUGGGGAAGCUGUUUCAACAUUACCUGAUCAAUCUUCAAGUAAACAAGCUAACACUAAAUAUCAAGCAAGUGGAGGUUUAAAAGAUGAUAAAUGUGAUAAGUCUUCUUCUUUCUCUAAGAAGAAACUCAGUAGUUCAGGUUCAAAAAACAAACGUUUACGUGUAGAAACUGAGAACAUGGUUGAGCUGAAGCUUACACAGGAUGAAGCUCAACUGCUGCUUCGUCCACCUCCAAACAGUGUCCCUGCAGUUGUGGUUGUUGAAGGAUUUAUGUUUGAAGAAUACAAGCAGGAACCGCCAAUCAUUGGGAGGCCUACAAUAUUUGCAAUGGACAAAGCCGGUGAAAAGGUCCAAUGGGCCGAAUGCGAAGAUUGCUUCAAGUGGCGUAAGAUUUCCGCCAGCUCAGUCUUACCUUCUAGAUGGACUUGUUCUAAGAACUCUUGUGAUCCAAGAAGAUCUUCAUGUUCAUCAGCUCAAGAAUUGACAACAGAAGAGCUCGAGGAUCUGUUGCAGAAGCAGCUGCGAGAUAAUGGAGAAUGUUCUAAGAAAAUGAAGCAAGUGAAAGAACAAGACACUAAUCCAGAUUUGGAAGGACUCGAUGCACUUGCGAACCUAGCAUUAAUACAGGAAGAUACAUCAGCGCUGACAUCAUCCCAGGUCACGACUAGGCAUCCACGUCAUCGAGCAGGCUGCACUUGUAUCGUGUGCAUUCAGCCACCCAGUGGAAAAGGUCCCAAACACAAGCCAACAUGUUCAUGUAAUGUUUGCUCAACCGUCAAACGUCGGUUUCAAACAUUAAUGGAGAGGCGAGUGAAAAGUAAAUCAGAGAAAGGUUCUGAAAUCGUUUCUCGUUCGAGUAGUACUAGCCCAAAAUCAAAUGGUAAAAAACUAGGGAAGGACGAGGAUUUGGUCAGUGGAGGAGGAGGAGGAGUGGUGAGAUGUUCUCUUUCUCCAUUUAAAGGGCAGAUUGAUCUGAACAUGCAGCCAGAGAGAGAUGAAGAGUCUUCUUCACCCAAUUCAGAUUACGACAGUAAAACUAAACUCGUCGACAUGAAACUGAACUCAAUUUCGAACCAUGUUACUAACAGGGAUGCCAUUGAUUCUCCGGUUCUGGCCUUAAAAGCAUCAGCCUCUUCUGCUGUAAUUGAGAGAUGAAAAAACACAUACUUUUAUCUCUUAUCACAUUUAUUGUUCUUGGCUGAUGUCAUGACAAAUUCUCGCUGCUGACUCGAGUUGGAGAUUUGUGGCUGCUGGAUUGCGGCUAUAUGAGUUGAAAGUGGGGUUUGAUUGCGCCAUUUUGUUUAGCCGCUCGCCUGUGAAUAUAUAUCUGUGAAAUAGAGAGCAAAAUGUUGAAUAGCCAAAAAUUCUUUCAGUUUUCUCAAUUGUUCUUACUUAGCCACCCUAGUGUAGACAUCAAAAUAAAGUACUUUUAUUUUCUGAUACUUUGCAUGGUUUUUAUUACUUGUUUAGGGUGAACUAUAAUUUCAG